UUGGUCUCAAGAGCUUUAACCUGAUACCGCUGCUAGUAAGGGAACAACGAACGUGUUUCUUGUGCGCAGUAAUCUUGUUACUGUUCACUGGUUCAUGAAAAAUGUCGAGAAAUCAAAAGUUACAAUUAAUCAAAAGUUAAACGUCGUAAUGCUAACAACUUUCAUGUCGAAGAAAAAAAUGGUUUAGACUGAUCGCCAGGUCGCAUUUACUGCCACUUCAACUAUUUCCGCAUUAUUCUUUACAGUCAUGAAUAUAUUUGCUUUUAAAUGUAUUUGGUUUGUUUUGUUCCACGCCAUUGGUCCCAAAAGGAUCACGCUUAACUAAUUUUACAAAGUUCCAUGUCUAGUCUACUUUCAGAUGAAAACUUGCAGUAGUUUACCGUAGGAGAUUUGCAUAACCAAUCACCUUUCCAUUAGAAAAUGUGGUAUUGUGGGGCAGAACAAAUAGAUCAGGUCUAAAAGAAAGCCAGACUGGUGUCCUGCUCCAGUACGGGCAGGACAAUACGAACGCUUGCUACUCCGAGUUCCUGUCCAUCAAAGACACAAGGUUAUUGAAACUAAUGAACGUCGUGGCUCUUGGGCUGCAAGACCGCGCUGCGAACCUCCGAUCACCGACCGAACGCAGACUCUGCCUGGGCGCCUAACGUCACAAACACAAAGUAACGACCUCUGCCAAGAACUGGGCGGGGAUCCUCUUCCGGUUCGUCGCUGUGGCAAUCGCGGCACAGCACAAUUCACCGAGCUGCUGGUUGUCAUGGACACUGGGCAGAGCGCGGUGGUGGCUGCCGACGGGUGCGAGUGGCUGCACACAGCCUCGUCCAGUUCCAUACGGUCACCAUGACCCAGAGGCUGGCAUUACAAGUUUUUGAGCAGUACCAGAAGGCCAGAACACACUUUGUGCAAACAAUUGCAGAACUUGCAACCAGGCCACAAAAUAUUGAAACUCUACAAAAUGCAGGUGUGAUGUCUCUUUUGAGGCCCCUCUUACUAGAUGUAGUUCCAAGCAUUCAGCAGACAGCAGCAUUGGCGCUGGGACGUCUAGCCAAUUACAAUGAUGAUCUGGCUGAGGCUGUUGUUAAGGGAGACAUUCUUCCACAGCUGGUGUAUUCACUAGCAGAACAAAAUCGAUUCUACAAGAAAGCUGCAGCUUUUGUGUUGAGGGCUGUGGCCAAACAUUCUCCUCAAUUAGCCCAGGCUGUGGUGGAUUCAGGGGCACUGGAUGCACUAGUGAUCUGUUUGGAAGAGUUUGAUCCCGGAGUGAAGGAAGCGGCAGCUUGGGCACUGGGAUACGUUGCACGCCACAAUGCAGAACUGUCACAGGCAGUAGUGGAUGCUGGAGCUGUUCCUCUUCUGGUUCUUUGUAUCCAGGAGCCAGAGGUGCCACUGAAAAGGAUUGCAGCUUCUGCACUCAGUGAUAUCGCAAAACAAUCACCAGAGCUGGCUCAAACUGUGGUGGAUGCAGGGUCCAUUGCUCAUCUAGCUCAAAUGAUCCUGAACCCUGAUGCCAAACUGAAGCGUCAGGUGUUUUCAGCUCUUGGUCAGAUUUCAAAGCAUUCUGUAGAUUUGGCAGAAAUGGUUGUAGAAGCCGAAAUUUUUCCUUCUGUUCUAACAUGUCUAAAGGACCCAGAUGAAUUUGUGAAAAAAAAUGUUGCAACACUAAUUCGGGAAAUUGCCAAGCACACUCCUGAGCUGUCUCAGCUUAUUGUUAAUACAGGAGGUGUGGCUGCUGUCAUUGAUUAUAUCGGUGAUUCUAAAAGUAAUGUCAGGCUGCCUGGUAUUAUGAUGCUUGGCUAUGUGGCUGCUCACUCAGAGAACCUGGCAAUGGCAGUGAUUGUCUCCAAGGGGGUGGCUCAGUUGGCUAUCUGUCUGUCAGAAGAACCAGAAGACCACAUUAAGGCAGCGUCGGCUUGGGCCCUGGGGCAGAUAGGAAGACACACUCCAGAGCAUGCACGUGCUGUUGCUGUGGCAAAUGUUCUGCCAAAGCUCCUUGCACUCUACAUGCAGACUGGAAGUUCUGAAGAUCUUCAGAUUAAGGCUAAAAAAGCACUGAAGAACAUCCUGCAGAAAUGCACAUACCUGCCAGCUCUCGAUCCCCUACUACAUGAUGCUCCUCCCAAUGUACUUAAACAUGUAGUUGGGCAGUACAGUAAGGUACUACCACAUGAUACUAAGGCCCGUCGUCUUUUUGUCACAAGUGGUGGAUUGAAGAAGAUCCAAGAGAUUAAAGCUGAACCGGGUUCAGUUAUGCAGGAGUAUAUUAAUGGCAUUAACAACUGUUAUCCAGAAGAAAUUGUCAGAUACUACUCGCCUGGAUAUUCGGAUGCAUUGCUGGAAAGAGUUGAGAACUACCAACCAGCUCAUUAAGAAAUAUUGUGGAUUUUUUUUCAAACUAUUCGUAGUUUUCGUUGGCCCACUUUUAAAACCUGGAAGCAUCUGCUAAUUUUGUUAACGGCUUUCCAAGAUAUUUUGUAGCAAGCAUUAACUUGUGUCCCAAGUCCCCAUCCAGAUUCUUUGAUCAAUUUCAGAUGAUUUAAUUUUAAUCAUUUUUCUGAAUCCGAACGAUCUCAUUGAUGAACAUGUUUUGAUUUGCAUUUCGGUGCAUCAUUUUGUUUUAAUAGCGGUUAGUAUUACGAUGCCUCAUGCAGACCAAUAACAUUGCAUAUUUGACAGAAAGGAAGUCUAAAUAAUGCCAAUGGUUGGCGGGGCUGUGGAGUUUCACUGACCUUUUGUGAAGCCGGAUUUCAGUGGCCACAAAAGCACUUUUUGUAUUCUAUAAUCUGCAAAUUUAAACUCGUAUUUGCGGCACUCUGAAACUCAUUGUGACAGCAAUAAAUGUAGUGACUUGGGUUUGAA